UAAAAUGUUUUUAAUAGUACUGCUACUUACAACUUACAAAGCAAUUGCCGACGAUGGUUUAAUACUGAAAAUAGGUAGCAUAACAAUCCCCAUAAAUGAUUCUACAAUAUCAACUUCCACAGCAGCCUCAACAACAAGCAAUGCUGCUUCAACAAGUGAAGGCAUAACUUCAUCAAGUACAGCAAGUACAGGUUUAACUGCAUCAACUACUUUCUGCCCUUGUCUAUCCUCUACAAAAAGUUAUUAUCCCUACUUAACCCAAUCAACCAAUGCAUAUGGAACAUCAACAACAACAGAAUCAGCAGAAACAUCAACAUUAACAACCACAUAUUCAACUUUUUCAACACCUUCUGUACCAGAUUCAACCACAAGCUUUGCAACAGGCUCGACAUUUUUAUCGAGAAAUAAUUCAUAUGGGACAACAUCAACUUCAACAGAAGCAUCAACAACAUUGGCAUCUACAUAUUCAACUUCCACAUCUCCUUAUACACCAGAUUCAACAACAAGCUUUACAGCAUAUACAACGAAUUCAAUGCUAGACCCAUCGACUAGCUUUACAACAACACCUUCGUCUCCAGCUACAUUUACCUAUUCAUUUUGUCCAUGCCCAACUACCAAUAUUCAACAAUCAACAACAUCAACAGGAGUGUAUUAA